AUGCUUGCGCCAGCCUUCUGCAGAGAAAGAGCCUUGUUAGGAGGCGGCCCCGGCCUGGGGCUGCCUCGGCCGCGCGCCCCCCAGCCCCGCGCCGCGCUCACGCCUCUCUCCCCUGCUGCAGGUCUGGGCCAGGCUCCCCGGGAGUCCCACCUGGCCACCGGCACCAGCGGGCACCCGAGGACCAAGAGAUGCUCCUGCAACAGCUGGCUGGACACGGAGUGCAUCUACUUCUGUCACCUGGAUAUCAUCUGGGUCAACACCCCCGGACACACCGCUCCCUACGGCUUGGGAAGCGCGCCAAGGCGUCGCAAGAGAUCGCUGAACAGGUGUGAAUGCCUGCACUCCAAGGACAGCAUCUGCACUACUUUCUGCCAGGCAAAGCCUUGGUCUGUCAGGAACCUUAAACUCCCAGUAAGUACUGGAGAGUUGGGAGACAACCCCCACAGCAGUGACACACAACACUCACAGCCUGAUCUUCUAAGGGCACUAAGGGACCUUGCUGUCUCAAACUCCCAGCUUUCCAGAAAGCACUACAGGAUUCAGAGGGAUGCUCAACCAGUUGUGCUGCCUUGGAAGAAAAGCAUCUGGAAGAAAAAGAGAUAAG